GUGAUUGCCCUUGUGAUGGAUGCCUUCACAGACACUGAUAUCUUCAGUGACCUUCAGGAUGCCUAUAACAACCGCAAAGUUCCUGUCUACAUCCUUCUUGACCAGGGCUUUCUACCCCAUUUCUUGGAAAUGUGCAAGAAUUUGGGAGUCUGUCCCGAGCAGGAAAGUCUGCUGAGAGUUCGAACCCUCACAGGGAGCACGUACUACCUGAGAUCAGGUGCCAAAAUUGUUGGGAAAGCCCACGAGAAGUUCAUGUUAAUUGAUGGCAUUAGAGUGACAACAGGCUCCUACAGUUUCACAUGGUCCGAUGGGAAGCUGAACAGCAGUAACUUGCUGCUAUUGUCAGGGCAAGUGGUUGAACACUUCGACUUCCAGUUCAGGAUUCUUUAUGCUCAGUCAAUGCCCAUCAGCCCUAAGUGUCUGUCCAGCUGCAGGAACAGUGGGAUAUUUGAUCACCUGGUGAGCAGAAUAGAGUCCUCUAAAGAAUAUACUGUGGAAGGCAACUUGAGAGCAGAAUUUGCCAGAUUGUCUAGUACUCCAAAGAAACUAUUGAAAGAACCAGAUCAGGCUGAAGAUAGUUCUGGAGAAAACUCUUGUAACCUGGGGCAUUCUUGCCUCUCUGAAGGGGAGUGGUUCAGCAAUCAAGUGGCCAUUGUGGAACGGAGAAGCACAUCGACUCAAACUGGCCCAUGGGAAGAGAAGCGGGCAGUGCCUGUGUGUAAUGCUGCCACGCAGACCUAUUCUGUGACAGCAGAAACUGGCACGCAGGCAUCAGUUGCUGCUAGAAUGAUGGGCACUCAGACUUCGGUCUUGUUGAAGACUGCAGUGACACAGACAAGGGAAGAUGAGUACACAGAAACACCCCUGCUUCACAGAAAGUUGUCAAAAGAAGGAUCUCUGUCUGGAAAGGCUGUAUCAAGUUCUAGUCUGUGGUCACUGUCUUCAUCCUCAUCCCAGUGCUCUCUUGCCAGCUCUACUGGCUCUGUUUCUUCCCUCCGGUCCUUUGAAUAUCCUAUCGGUCACAGGGCAGAGUAUUUCCAGAAGCUGCACAAGGAGAGGCAGUUUCACUACUCAACUAUCAGGUCAAAGCUGAGCCACAUGGUGCACAUCCUGUCCCGAAGGGGACGUGAGCCUGAAAGCUACGUGUCCCAGUACACGGGAAGAUGCCACCUGAAACAGAGGCGUGACAUCAGUGGCAGCCUGCGCAGCCUCCGGGACCUUUCCCUCUAUUCUCUGAAUAAACGAUGA